AUGAAAUAUUCCACCAUCAUAAUUGCUUUGGCUUUAUUAUUUGCUAUCGUUGAUGCAAGAUUUGGUCAAGAACAUAACAAAGCUAUAGAAAGCUUGUUUAACUUUGACUCCGGUGAUGGAGACAUUAACGGACAUCUAGAUGAUAUUUCGGGAGGGUGUAAUGAUGCUUUAUUGGUUAAGGCUCCUCCCUGCGGUAUUCAAGAUUAUUGUGACCAAAUGAUCGAUGUUGCAUAUUUUUUAGGUGGUAAAAAAAAAUCACAGCUUAUUAAGAUUGCUAAAAACAUAGCUCAAUCCGAAAAAAACACACCGAAAGACGGUCUAAGAUCCCAAAUCUGUAAAAAAGCUCCUAGGCAUUUUGAACUUAAUGGAUUACACUUUAAACAAGAUCCUAUUAAAAGUCCCGAAAACAAAAAGCCACCCUUUGUUCCAGAUGAGCUUACUACAUUGAGAAAGUUCACACUGAAACUUAAGAAUAAACAAAUCUCUCCAAACUUUAAAGACUUUUCGCAAAAAAAAAAUAAUAAAAGAAGAGGUAGAAAAAUUAGAAAAUCCAAAUAA